CAAAAUGGCAGCGCCCAUGUGUCAUGCUUAGAUUAUUAUUAUUUCUUAGAAAAUCUGUUUAAACGUUCACGGAAUAAUUCACUAUGGCUAAAACUAAGGGUAACGUAUUAAACAAAAAGAAAAAGACACAAUUACGUGGGAAAUUUGGAAAGAAACCUCAGAAGGAAUCUAUUCUCAACAAAAAGGAGCCCAAAUUAUCGGGUAAAUUUAGUAAAGAUAAAAGUCAGCAAUCUAAGAACGCAAAGAACACAAAGAAAGAUGCUGGCAAAACGAAAUUUAAGCGUAACUACAAAAAGAAAGAUGUGGAAGGGUCUGACUCUUCAGACUUUGAGGAAGUAGAAGAGCGGUCAUUGGUAGAAUCAAAGACGAAGGAGAUUGAGAUGGAUUCUGGCAGUAGCAGUGAAGAGGAGGAAGGAGAAGUUCGCUCCCUUGUACAACAACAAAACAGGAAGAAGAAAAAGUCGGGAGGAUUUCAGGCAAUGGGUUUGUCCCAUAAUGUGUUCAAGGGCGUGCACAGGAAGGGCUACAAGAUUCCAACACCAAUACAGAGAAAGGCUAUCCCUGUGAUCAUGGAAGGCCGUGAUGUGGUUGCCAUGGCUCGUACAGGAAGUGGAAAGACAGCUGCGUUUCUCAUCCCAAUGUUUGAACGCCUGCAGACACACAGCGGGCAGGCUGGAGCCCGUGCCCUCAUUAUGUCCCCUACACGAGAACUUGCGCUGCAGACUUUGAAGUUUGCUAAAGAGCUGGGGAAGUAUACAGGACUGAGGGCUGCCGUUGUACUUGGUGGGGACAGAAUGGAGGAACAGUUUUCAGCGCUGCAUUCAAACCCUGAUAUCAUUAUCGCCACACCUGGUCGAUUUAUGCAUGUUGCGGUUGAGAUGGAUUUGAAGCUGAAAUCUGUACAGUAUGCUGUCUUUGACGAGGCUGACAGGUUGUUUGAGAUGGGUUUCCAAGAGCAUCUGAAUGAAGUGUUAAACCGGCUUCCAGAGUCACGUCAGACCCUCCUGUUUUCUGCCACGUUGCCAAAACUGUUGGUGGAGUUUGCAAAAGCAGGGCUUCAUGAUCCGAGUCUAAUACGGCUGGAUGUGGAGACCAAACUUAGUGACCAGCUUAAGUUGUCUUUCCUGCAAUGUCGGCUUGAUGACAAAGUGGCCGUUCUCCUGUACUUGUUAAAGCAUGUGAUCUCCCGGGGUGAGCAGACGGUCGUGUUUGCUGCCACAAAACACCAUGUGGAAUAUCUCAAUAUGAUCCUUGAAAAAGCAAGCAUCUCGUGCACGUACAUAUACAGCUCCCUAGAUCCUACGGCUCGUAAGAUCAGCAUUGCCAAGUUCCAGCAUCGUAAAGUGCUUGUGAUGGUCGUGACGGACCUGGCUGCCCGUGGUAUUGAUAUCCCGCUGCUGGACAAUGUCAUCAACUUUCACUUCCCCGCCAAACCUAAACUGUUUGUACAUAGAGUUGGACGUGUGGCUCGUGCAGGAAGGAAAGGCGUGGCAUAUUCUCUCAUCUCCCCAGACGAGAUUUCCCACGUGUACGACCUUCACGUCUUCCUCGGGAGACCGCUCAAUUUCGUCCCUAUUGGAAAACAAGCUGAAGAUGACGAUGGGUUGUAUGGUCGUGUACCCCAGUCUGUCGUGGAUGAUAGUGCCGAGUCGCUCCGGUCCAUGCACGAGGACUCCUAUGAUAUUAAAGCAAUGGUUAAGGUGGUUGAGAAUGCGUACGGCCAUUAUCUGCGAUCCCGACCGGCUCCUGCCCCAGAAUCGGUCAAGCGUGUCAAGGAAAGUGAGAAAUUAGGUCAACAGAUUGGUGUCCAUCCGAUGUUUGGUAUUGAAGAAAACAGCUUGGAGGCAGAAAGGCUGAAACUUCUGGAUGCCUUGAAAUCCUACAGAGGCAAUACUACAAUAUUUGAAGUGAAUUCAACAGCUAAGAAUACAAGCUUUGAGGUGAUGAAAAAGAAGAGGGAUUUCCAUGGCAGAGUUGUGGAGAAUCGACAACGAGAAGUGAAUGUUAACCAGUCUGCUGUACAAACUGUUGACCGUGUAACUUCAGGGAGCAGUCAACAGGCAGAAGAAUCAGAUUUACGGGAAGCAUUCAGUGUUGUGAUUGGUGGAAAGAAGUCCAAGAAUGGCCAAUCAGAAGACAAAUUAAAAAAAGGAGGCAACCAAUCAGUGCGCGAUGAGGAACACUACGUUUCAUACAGACCUGCCGACUACCAGACAGAGCAAGGAUUACGAUUGGGCAGUGGUUUUGACCGUGAGGCUGCGAGUGCGCUAUUGGACAUGGCCGGUGAUGACAAUGCUGUUAUUAAAAAAUCCCAGAACACAGUCAAAUGGGACCGAAAGCGCAAAAAGUUUGUUCGUGAAAACAGCAAUGACCCGAGGAAGAAAAAGAUCCGCACAGAGAGUGGGGCUCUUAUACCAGCCUCAUACAAGUCACAUGCCUACAAGGAGUGGGUGGGGCACAAUAGACUGGAUACCACUGUGGAGCGAAAUACAGACGAUGGCGGGGGAACCAGUCAACGUAACCAUGGAAAUGUCAAGCGGGGCCUUACUGUACUGGGAGGUGGCGACCCUCGGAGAAGACACAGGAAGGGCGCAGAGGGUGAAGUUCCGGGAAAGGUGCGCGGGAAGUUUAAACGAAAGUCAGAGUUGAAGAGACCGGAGCAGAUUGUGAAGUCACGGAAACAGAAAAUGAAGAAAGAGGCAUUCCAGAAACAACGCCAGAAUAAGCACAGCAGUAACAGGUCAAAACCGAGGAGGACCUAGACUCAAUAUGAUUGCGACAGAUAUUUUGAUAGAGAAAAUUACGAAUUCAUAAUCAACGGUGAUCUACUAUGACUUGAAAAAUAAACUAUGUUAUGGAGUUGUAAGGAAUGUAUGUGGCAAUAGAGAUAACUGUAUUGUCAUGUAUUAUUAAAAACAGUAACGGUCAGAAAAGAAAAUGUGAUUAAGGCAAAUGUUGGUAAUAGACCAUGCAGAAAAUAUUAAAAAUAAUUAUACCAACAAGUGGCUAUGGCCUCCUGUAGACCAAUACCACACACAACAAGAUUGUGGAACUCUUUGAAACUGGUGGAGAUGCACUGUUUGUUAAAAUAAAUGUUUGAUUAAACAAAAAUUCAGCUGAAUGAACUAAUAAAAAAGAAAUGUUUAGGUGGCAGAGAUAAUAAGACAUACAUUAUACAGAGCAGUUGGAUUAUAUGUGUAAAUACAUGUUAUAGAGAAUAAAUAGAUUAAAGCAAGAUAUAUGUUGUGUAAGUA